AUGGACGGGAUGCAGAGCCGGUCACGAGCGAGAAUGCUCAAGCUUGUGGGCCAUCAUUAUGGUGGACAUUUCGACCGCUCGUUUCAUGAUGAUAGCGCUUAUUCCAGCGAAGAUUGCGAUUUUGUGCCAUUUUCGUCAUUAGACUUAAACCAAAUCUAUGAAGACACCGAUGAAGUCGAUCGCGACUCUUCUAGGACACGGCGUCAUCGAGCUGCAGCGUUCGUCAACGCCCAGUGGUCACGUCCCGCGGUUUCUAGAGCUCGUCACCCUCUCGAUGAUUCGUUCAACGAUAACUGGAGAAUUUAUGACCUACCUCAACCGCUUUCUUUCGAGGAACAGCGCUACAUCUAUGACUCUGGCUCUCGGCUGAGGCCUACAGCGUUCUACGACCGUGAGAACUUCGGCCGGGAACCUGGCCACGCAGCCUCCUGGUGGGAUUCUGAAGAGAGUAUACCGGCACUGGCAUUUGAAGAACAUAGAGCUCGCGUCCCCGAUGCUCUGCCGUCACUCAACAACCGCAUCGAAAGCGGGACGGAUCGCUCCUCGCCUUCGUCGAUUUCUACUCGACACGGCUCCCGUAGUCCAGAGGAGGCUUCGCAAUCUGGGGGCUCUACUACAUCCACUCAACCUGACCACAGAACCCAAAGCUCCAUGCGUUCGUCGGCACGGCGCCCACGUCGAAACCAGUCUUCAAGCCGUGAUGCACAGCUCGCAGCCGCCUGGCGACAGCUCUAUCACGAACGUACGGAGCUUGAGAAAGAGAGGAGAGCCUUGAGAAAGAAAGAAUGGUCCUUGCUACAAAGGAAGGAGCGGCCUCGUUCAAGCCGGCAAGAUCCUUCGGACGAUGUGGCUCCUGAAGGCUAUAGUGGAAGUCCUGGUCUAGACCGGACGGCGAAAGGCGACGAACCCGCUCAAUGA